GUGGCUAGUGAAGAGGAGCGAAGCAAAGAGGGCAACCAGAGCCCCAACAGUGGCUCCAUCCAGGGCUCUCCUAGACGGGUGCGCUCGGAGACCUUGCUCAUUGACCGUGUUGCUCCUCUACUGAGAAGGAUGCGCCAUAGUCAGAGCAUGGGGCUAGACAAAAGAUUGACCCCUGAACCCAAACCCACACUUGAACGCUUCCUUGAGGCCUAUUUAGGGAAGCAUCGUCCGGGUUUGCCCCAAGACAGGUCUGUCUGUCGGGUCGAGCAGGGCUCGUUGGAGGACGAGGAGUGUGCGGCCAGCAGUGGUUAUGUUGCCGUCAACCUCAGCCCCGUCCCACAAGAGGGUGACUCACAGGAGUGGGUCCUAGUAGAGCUUGAGGGCGGUAGCGGUUCAGCAGGAUCCAAACCGGAUGAGGAGGAAUCAUCCAAUGCAGUGCUACAGCAGAAGACAGGAGACGACUCCCAGCCUGACAAUCCAUCAGGCCCUGCAGAAAAAGAGCACAACUACGUGCCAGCUAUUUCACCCUCUAAAAGCCCUACCAAGCCAGAUGAAAACAUUAUCUCUGUCAAGGCCUCUGACAAGGAUGUGGAGAGCGACUCAGGCUGUCCUGAUGGUGGGCCUUCUUCAACCCCCAACCAGGGUGAGACCACUGGACACAGUGUUGAUGCAGCUCCGGCAUCACCUCGUGAACUCUCACCCCGAGCCAGUCGCAUCCCCAUCCGUGACCUGGACUCUCCAACCCGUAGGGGUUUUCCAGCUCCGCUUUCUCCGUCUCUGUCACUGUCAUGUGAGCACUUCCCCUUAGCACUGCUGCGCGACAAGUUCACUUUCCCCACUGGUUCUCGAGGGUCCGACUGGCAGGUGGAGGAGCCACACUCUCUGUCUUCCUCCUCAGGACCUGUGUCGAGCAAGAGUAAAAUACCAAGACCCAUGAGCCCCACACUAGUGCCGGAUCAGCUGUCUGCACGAUUUAUUCCACGGCCGCCACCAGGAAAACCACCCCUUCGCACAGGUGGCGAGAACAGGUGA